AUGACUACUCUAAAUCACACUGCUGUUAGCCAUACAGUCUUCCGCCUGCUGGGCAUCCCUGGGCUUCAAGACAUGCACAUAUGGAUUUCCAUCCCCUUCUUCAUUUCCUAUGUCAUCUCUGUGCUGGGAAACAGCCUUAUCAUCUUCGUAAUUGUCACAAGGAGAAGUCUUCAGGAGCCCAUGUACCUCUUCCUUUGUAUGCUCUCUGGAGCUGAUGUUAUCCUCUCCACAUGCAUUGUACCUCAGGCGCUGGCCAUUUUCUGGUUCAAUGAUGGAGAGAUCUCCCUCAAUCGCUGCCUCACUCAGAUUGUUUUUGUGUCUGCUAUGUUUAUAUCUGAGUCUGGGAUCUUGUUGGUGAUGGCCUUUGACCGUUACAUUGCUAUCUGCUACCCACUGAGAUACACUACGAUUCUGACAAAUUCCCUGAUUGGGAAAAUUGGUGCAAUCAUCUUUCUGAGAAGUCAUUGUACAGUUUUGCCUGUGAUCUAUCUUGUGAAAAGACUGACUUUCUGUAAAAAUAACAUAAUUCCAAACACCACUUGCAAGGACAUUACCUUGGCCCGUCUUUCCUGUAAUGAUAUAAGAAUAAACAUUUGGUAUGGCUUUAUAGUUCUAAUAAUAACCUUGUUCUUUGAUAUUGUGCUAAUUUUUCUUUCCUAUAUAUUUAUUCUCUGUGCAAUCUUCCGCAUGCCAUCUCGAGAAGCUCGAGCAAAAGCUCUCAGUACUUGUGCCUCCCAUGUCUGUGUCAUCUUUCUCUUUUAUGGGCCAGGGAUCUUCUCAAUUCUCACUCAGCGUUUUGGGCAACACAUCUCACUAAGUAUCCAAGUUGUGCUAGGCAAUACCUAUAUUCUUAUUCCACCAAUGCUAAAUCCCAUUAUUUAUGGGAUUAAGACUAAACAGAUCCGGGAACAAUUGGUUCACAUGUUAAUUCCAAAGCACAAAUGA